GAGGAGCGGAGAGGAGAGGGCUCCGUGCCGCCGUCGUAAGGAAACAUCGCACAGAUGAAGGGACCGUCGCGAAUUACUAUCACAUAUUCUUCCGUUUGACUAUUGUUACAUAUCAGACAACACAUUCCUCCUUCAUCCCAGCGGGGUAGCACCGUCGCCGUGGGUCUAUCAUUCGGAGGGCUUUCCUGUUUUUCCUCCGGGAGGCUGAAUGGAAGCAGCAGCCGAGGGAGCGGUCGGGCUGUCGGAGGCCAGGGACGGGAGCCCGCUAUCCGGGGCCGCAGCAUCCGAUGAUGCGGACACCGUCGUUGGAGUUAGCUACGGGAUGGACGCCGCAGACAUGGAUGCUGCUGCUAAGAAAGCCUUCAUCACAGAGAUGCCCUCAUCCUCAGGCCAGCCUGGUCAGGGAAAGAAGAUUGGUCACAGAGGAGUGGAUGCAUCAGGAGAGACUACUUACAAGAAGACCACAUCCUCAGCCUUGAAAGGUGCCAUUCAGCUGGGCAUCGGUUACACAGUGGGCAACCUGAGCUCCAAGCCUGAGAGGGACGUGUUGAUGCAGGACUUCUACGUGGUGGAAAGCAUCUUUUUCCCCAGUGAAGGCAGCAACCUCACUCCAGCCCACCAUUUCCCCGACUUCCGCUUCAAAACAUACGCUCCUGUGGCCUUUCGCUACUUCAGAGAACUGUUUGGCAUCAGGCCAGAUGACUACCUGUACUCUCUGUGUAAUGAGCCCCUGAUCGAGCUGUCCAAUCCUGGAGCGAGUGGUUCAGUCUUCUAUCUCACAAAGGACGACGAGUUCAUCAUCAAGACUGUGAUGCACAAGGAGGCUGAGUUUUUACAGAAGCUGCUUCCUGGAUACUACAUGAACUUGAAUCAGAACCCCCGCACUUUGCUGCCCAAGUUUUUUGGCCUGUACUGUGUCCAGUCGGGCGGGAAAAACAUCCGCGUGGUGGUGAUGAACAAUGUCCUUCCCCGCGUGGUUCGCAUGCACCUCAAAUACGACCUGAAGGGCUCCACCUACAAGAGGCGAGCGUCCAAGAAGGAGAGGGAGAAGGCCAGGCCCACUUUCAAAGACCUGGACUUCAUGCAAGACUUGCAGGACGGACUGAUGCUGGACCAGGACACUUACAACGCGCUCGUCAAGACCCUACAGAGAGACUGCCUGGUGCUGGAAAGCUUUAAGAUCAUGGACUACAGCCUUCUGCUCGGGGUUCACAACAUGGACCAGGCGGAGAGGGAGAGGCAGAUGGAGGGCUCCCAGGGCGGCAGCGAUGAGAAGAGGCCCGUGGCCCAGCAGAAGGCCCUGUACUCCACAGCCAUGGAGUCCAUCCAGGGAGGAGCAGCCUGCGGAGGGUCCAUCGACACUGAUGACACGAUGGGCGGUAUCCCAGCUGUCAAUGGAAAGGGAGAGAGACUUCUUCUCUACAUCGGAAUCAUCGACAUCCUGCAAUCCUACAGGCUAAUCAAGAAACUGGAGCACACGUGGAAAGCUUUGGUUCAUGACGGGGACACUGUAUCAGUCCACCGGCCUGGCUUCUAUGCAGAUAGGUUUUUCAAGUUCAUGAGCAACACGGUGUUCAAGAAGAGUUCCUCUCUGAAGUCAUCUCCAUCCAAGAAGGGUCGAGUGUCGUUGAUGGUGCCUAAGUGCGCUGGUCCUGGUGCAGCCUGGUCAGCCAGCCAGCUGCCCUCUGAGAGGGAUGAGAACAUCUACGACCUGAGAGGAGCUCGCAGCUUCCCAACACUAGAGGAUGAGGGGCGACCAGAUCUUCUUCCAUGUACUCCUCCAUCAUUUGAAGAAGCCACCACAGCGUCAAUCGCCACCACUCUGUCCUCUACCACCUCUCUGUCCAUCCCUGAGAGAUCCCCAUCUGACACAGCAGAGCACCCCCGCUACAGGAGGCACACCCAGUCUCUCAGCCAUGAUGGGAGGACCCAGGAGGAGCUACGUGUGCGUGAGGAGGAUCAGCAGACCAUCACAGUGGAGGUGGAGUUGAAGAGACAUGACAGUGAGCCCACCAUCUCUGUUCCACAGCCCUCGUCUGAAACCAGUGAGGGUCCGGAGGUAGCUGGCGCCGAGGCUCCCGAUGCCGCUGCCGCUUCCGACUGUUCGUCAGUACCUGAAGCAGCCUCCUCCUCAUCAGCCGCAGCUGCUCCCUCCUCUCCCGUAGCGGCUGAGGAAGCCCCAUCCAGUCCCAAGUUGGUGGUGGUGGAGGCGGACAGGGCCAGCCAGGUGUCCGGCUCAGGCUGCACCAGCCAGGCGUCAGUCGACGAUGACGAUGACGUGCCAAUCACAGAUAUCUACUUUCCUCCAGAGGACAGGACCUGGGUGUACUCUCCGCUACACUAUGGCUCAGAGUCUAAGGCCCUGCCAGAUGGGGAUUGGGAAAGAGAGACAUAAACCCUGUUCUCUGGCAGAAAGGAGCGAACGUCUCAGUGGAGAGGACUCAUCUGUCUGAAGUCCAGAUCUCAGCGGUAGCAGCAGGAUCUCUGUCUGAGCCAGGAUUUUAAACAUGCAUACAGAAACUGAACACACUGAGGGAGGAAGUGACUGAAAACCAGAGGGGGGAAAAAAAUCCUGACAGUGACAACAUCACUGAUUUCCUACCAUCCCUGCCUUUCACCCUUAACUAAUGAAAAAGAUAUCAAUUUAACAUGUGUAUGUGUGACAUAGUGCGUAUAAGGCUGUAUGUAGUCUUAUAUGUUUGACAUACAUGACAGACAGAAGUAACUUACUGUAUGUUCUGCUUCACACAAGCACAGCCCCCCAACAGGCUCUAAACUGGCUGUCCCACUCACUCUGCAGAGCAGCACAUAGAGUUGUGAAGUGAGGGGAGCCGCUGGUUACUCUGAAUCCCCAAUUCAAACAUUUUUUUUUUUAAUGAUGUCUUCAAUACAGAAGACUCAACGUAGAAACAUGGGAGUCUCUGGGAUAGUAUAACAAUGCUGUAUGUUUGUCUCAUGGCUUUAAGUUUUUAAUUAUUUAAACUUUGUUUGUGAAAAAAUCACAUUUUCACAUGUUGGAUGGGUCCAAAUACAACAGUUCUUUACAGUAUGAGCCUCUGCCGCCUCAUGCAAAAGGAGACAGAGGCGAAAAUCAGAGCUGUAUCAAAUUCAGAACACUUUGUCAUUGUAGUUAUGAGAAAAAACUUGGUCACUGAAUUAAUCCAAAAUUGAUCCAGAAUCUGAAAAUGAAUUAAUUUAAGCUUUAGAUUGUGUCAGUUUUUUUGACCCCAUAAUCUUUAAAUAUUAAUUUUUAGCUCAGUGAGUGGAUGUUUCUUAAUAAAAUGCAAUGGGAGACAUACUUAACUUCUCAUUUUACCAUUUUUAUCAAAUGAAGAAAGAACUUGAUAUUUAAUACAGUAGAAUAAGUA